AUGUGUUUUGACCGAAAAGCGUAUUACAGUAGGUUCAUAGGUUACAGGUGUGUUGAACUUCACUUCGUUGCACUUCGUUACGUUCAACUGUUUAUAGAUUACAGUAGGUUUAUAGGUUACAGGUGUGUUGAACUCCACUUCGUUGCACUUCGUUACGUUCAACUGUUUAAAGAUUACAGUAGGUUCAUAGGUUACAGGUGUGUUGAACUCCACUUCGUUGCACUUCGUUACGUUCAACUGUUUAUAGAUUACAGUAGGUUUAUAGGUUACAGGUGUGUUGAACUCCACUUCGUUUCACUUCGUUACGUUCAACUGUUUAAAGAUUACAGUAGGUUCAUAGGUUACAGGUGUGUUGAACUCCACUUCGUUGCACUUCGUUACCUUCCAUCACAACAGCUCAGAACUUUACGUCCAUAUGGAAAAGAAAUUCCAAUUGAUUUUCAUCAAAAUCAAAAUAAAAAUCUCGAAGCUCGAUCUUGA